AAGGAGGGGAGGGAAAAGGGAGCGGGAGCGUCUUUUUCGGAGGGUUUUUUGCGCCUUUAUGGGAUGGAAGGGCUUUGUGUUUCAGUGCAGGGGUGGUUUCAGGAGCUCCAAUAAGGAGGCGGCGCCUGGGUGGAGCACCCAAUGAGUUUCAGGAUUGAGUGACAGCUGUCCAAUGGUCACCCUUAAUGCUGGCAGGGGUUGGGACCCAAGGCUUAACCACCACCACCACCACCAACUAAGGAAUGUCAACUAUUCAACAUGGAGGCGGCGGUUUCCAAGCUAGAAGCGAUGUUCCAGAAAGCAGAAUCAGAUCUGGAUUACAUUCAGCAUAAACUGGAAUUUGAAAUUAUGAAAAGCCUUCCACACAGCCCUUCUGGAGAGGCAAACCCAGUUAGGCUUUUAGAGGAGUUGUCAGAGGUGAAGUCUCGGUACAAAGCUCUGUGUGCCCAGUUGGAACAAGUUGCUAAAGAACAGAAAGAAUCUAGGACCUCCAUCUGUACCACUUUGGAUGCCACGAUGAAAAUGGUACAGCAACUACAGCAGCAAACAAAUAUGGAGCUGUCGCCUCUGGAUGAAGAAGAGCAGUCCGCGUUACAGAAGCUAAGAACCCACUUAACACAUCAGGCUUCUAAAGGAACAGGCUUGCACAAGGCAAUUGUAACAUAAUUUCUUGCACGAAUGUUUUUGUCCGUGGAUUAAUACUUGGUAAUUUAAGCAAGCAUAAUGCAUUUCUUUGGAACCCGUCGAGCCCCAUGAAAUACCCUGGAAGUAGCACCUUUAUGUGGGGGUGAUUCAUUUUUUCAAAAAUAAAAAGUGUCACCAUCCUACAGUCUCUCAAAGUCAUACUCUGGAAGUGACAACCGCAGUUGGCCCUCUCUUGGGCUCUGGGACGAAUAAUUUCACAUGACAAAAUUGCACGGGACACUAAUGGUCUCGGUCUGUAAUAAUAAUAACUGGUUUUUGUUAAAUGCUUACUGAGUGCCACGC